UUUCAACAACAUGGGUAACGAACAUUCAGAAAAAAUUCUUCCUGCACAGAAGGUCGGUGGCAUGCGUGUCAAGGCUCCAAAUGACCAUCGCGUUCCCUUGAAGGCCGAGGACAAGGAAGAGCACCAUGCUGAACAGGAAGAAGAAGAAACGGACGAAACCAAGCAAGCAGAGUUUGAGCAUGAUAGAUCUCUUCGUGAAAUGCAAGCCGAACAAAUGCGUGGUCAGUCUCCUUCAAUGAACGCUUACAAUCCCAAGAACAACGCCGGCUCUAUGAUGGGAAGAGGCCCCAACUACAACCCUUCAUUCCAACAGCGUUCCAUGAACCAUUAAGUCAUCCUCUUUCCCUUCCUCGUUCUUUGUAUAUAAUAAAUAUAUUUUUUUUAAAAAAAA